AUGCCUUUCACUGUCGACUCCGAGCUCGACCUGCUCUUCCCCACCGACCAGAUCCCCGUUGAAGUGCGGAAACAAUUGCCCCAAGAACUCCACUUGCGCCCUCUUGCGUCCACCGACCACAAGCGUGGGCACCUCAAGGUGCUCGAGGUCCUCACCGUCGUCACCGACCCCGGUGAGCACGCCUGGCGCGCUCAAUUCGAAGCCCUCCGUGCAGCACCCUGCACGUACUACGGUAUCGUCAUCGUAGACAAGGCGUCGGAUCGCAUCGUCGCUGUCGGCACGCUCUUCGUCGAACGCAAAUUCCUCCGCGGGCUCGGUUGCGUCGGGCACAUUGAGGACAUCGCCGUCGACGCGAGUCAGCAGGGCAAAAAGCUCGGCCUGCGCAUCAUCCACGCGCUCACCGGGAUCAGCGAGAACAGCGGGUGCUACAAGACGAUCCUCAACUGCAGCGACAAGAACAUCCCCUUCUACGAGAAGUGUGGGUUUGAGAAGAAGGAGAACGAGAUGGCCAAGUACGCUCCCACGGACCGUGCACAGACACCACGUCUAUAA